GCGUGGAGGGAAGCCUGGUUAAGAUUGGCUAAUGCUGUCCACGUGAUCUCAGGCCGUGAUCCGGUUGGCAGUGCCAGCCCUAAGCUGGGCGGGCGCAAGGGGCCGGCCGAGACCAACUAUGAGUCUGAGACCUGCGAGGCGGCGGCCGGCGACGCGGUGGCGGUGGGGGGAGCGCCGGCGCCUGCGGCCGUGGAGACCUCGGAGUUGGAUCUCGGCGCCGGCGAGGGCCACCACUUGCAGCACAUCAGCGACCGGGAGAUGCCCGAAGAUUUAGCUUUGGAAUCAAACCCUUCCGACCAUCCAAGGGCAAGCACAAUUUUCCUGAGCAAAUCUCAAACGGAUGUGCGUGAAAAGCGGAAGAGCAACCAUUUAAACCAUGUAUCUCCAGGGCAGCUUACUAAAAAGUAUAGCUCAUGCUCAACAAUAUUUCUAGAUGACAGCACAGUCAGCCAGCCUAAUCUUAGAACCACAAUAAAAUGUGUGACCUUAGCAAUAUAUUACCACAUAAAGAACAGAGAUGCAAAUAGAUCACUGGAUAUUUUUGAUGAGCGGUCACAUCCACUCACACGAGAGAAGGUUCCAGAGGAGUACUUUAAACAUGACCCUGAACACAAAUUUAUUUACAGAUUUGUUCGUACUCUCUUUAGUGCUGCACAGCUGACAGCUGAAUGUGCAAUAGUAACUUUGGUUUACUUAGAAAGGCUUUUAACUUAUGCUGAGAUCGACAUUUGUCCCACUAACUGGAAAAGAAUUGUUUUGGGAGCCAUUCUUCUUGCCUCCAAGGUUUGGGACGAUCAGGCUGUAUGGAAUGUGGACUACUGCCAGAUCCUCAAGGACAUUACAGUUGAGGACAUGAAUGAGAUGGAAAGGCAUUUCUUGGAGUUACUCCAGUUCAAUAUUAAUGUUCCUGCUAGUGUUUAUGCCAAAUACUACUUCGACCUGCGCUCCUUAGCAGAUGACAACAACGUCAACUUUCUGUUCGCUCCUCUCAGCAAAGAGAGAGCGCAGAACCUAGAGGCCAUUUCAAGAUUGUGUGAAGACAAAGACUUGUGUAAAGCUGCGAUACGAAGAUCUUUGAGUGCUGACAAUUUCAUUGGUAUCCAGCGUUCUAAUGCCAUCCUCUCGUAAGAGAGAGAAAUGAGGGCUAAUACAGUCAUGAACCCCUCAUCCGCAAAGACUGGAGAAAUACCACCUCUCCUGCUCAGAAACCAGCAAAGUUAGUAUUUUCACCGAAAGGAAAGACCUUGCAUCAAGAGGCUCCUGGACAGUGACAGCUGCACUCCAUAGAAAGAAUGAGCAACAACGCACCUUCUGUCCUUUUUAAUGUAAACAGUUAAAAAAUGACUCCAAAGUAAAAGCUCCCAACCCACACAGAAA